UCUGCUCACACAAUUAAUUAAUAUCAUGGUUGAGUUCACCACUACUGUAAAACUAGACCAAGAGAUGCCCACUUACAGCCGUGUGUCAGGUGGGGGAGGGUAUUUAUUACUCUGCCUUUAGCUGAAUAGGAGGCACGAGUCAUUUUAUGAGUAUUUAGGGGAAAACAGUUUCCUCUCGCCUCACAGAACGUAACUGUUUAUUAAUCUAUAAUUCUUCCAACUAUGAAAUCCCAGAAGUCGUGGUCCCAAGGAGAAGAGUCCUUGUAUGUUUGAGUUCAUUCAUUUUCAAGUGGCCUGUCGAGCUCCCAGACCGCUUUAAUACCUAGAGAAAUCCGUUUCCUCUGAGCCAAAGUCGGCCUCCCGCCUGCAUCCCCGCCGCCCCACUGGUCGGUGCCGAGACGUCGAGGCCAGUCACCACCUCCUCCUCCUCCAGCCGGGCGGACCGCGCCAGUCCGCUUCUGUGGGGGCGACACCCAGCCCGCAGGCCACACGCCCCGCGUGUGCGGCGCCUUUAUUUACUUCGCUCAAGAGUCACCAGCCCCCCUCCUAACAAGUCUGGAAAGCAUUCGGGCGACGCGAUGCUGGGGACACUGGUCUGGAUGCUCGCGGUCGGCUUCCUGCUGGCACUGGCGCCGGGCCGCGCGGCGGGUGCGCUGAGGACCGGGAGGCGCCCGGCGCGGCCGCGGGACUGCGCGGACCGGCCGGAGGAGCUCCUGGAGCAGCUGUACGGGCGGCUGGCGGUCGGCGUGCUCAGCGCCUUCCACCACACGCUGCAGCUCGGGCCGCGCGAGCAGGCGCGCAACGCCAGCUGCCCCGCCGGGGGCCGGCCCGCAGACCGCCGCUUCCGGCCGCCCACCAACCUGCGCAGCGUCUCGCCCUGGGCUUACAGGAUUUCGUACGACCCUGCUCGCUUCCCGAGGUACCUGCCUGAGGCCUACUGCCUGUGCCGUGGCUGCCUGACCGGGCUCUUUGGUGAGGAGGACUUCCGCUUCCGCAGCACACCUGUCUACUCCCCAGCCGUAGUGCUGCGCCGCACGGCGGCCUGCGCGGGCGGCCGCUCAGUCUAUGCCGAACACUACGUCACCAUCCCGGUGGGCUGCACCUGCGUGCCGGAGCCGGACAAGGCCUCGGACGGCGCCAACUCCAGCAUGGACAAGCCAGGAGCCAAGCUGCUGCUCGGGCCCGACAGGCCAGCCGGGCGCUGAUGACGAUGGGACUGGGGCUGGCCGGCACCACCCAGCUUCCUGCGGGCUUCUGUCCCCCCAACCCAUCCCCACCCCUCUCACACACUCCCAUUGUCCAUCCCUGUCCCCGCGGCUUCCUACUAUUUCCGAAGGAACAGCUACAUAAGCUUUAAGUAUAUUUGUAUUUUUCAAAGUAGACACUACAUACCUAAGGCUAUUUUGAGUAGAGGCAGAAACUAUUUUCAUAUUAGUAAUUUAGAGCAAGCAUGUUAUUUUUAAAAUUUUCUUGACAUACAAGCGAAUUAUAAACAUCCGUUUUCCUCUAAUAGGAUUCUUGCGUCCAUAAUUGUGGUGCUCAGAUAAACUUCUUUUAGCCGACACUGUGCCCUGUCUCUGAGUUCAGCCUUUUGCCAAGGCUCACCAAGGUGAAAUGGGUGCUCUGAAUCUGUGCCCUGAAGGCCUCUCAGGUCAAAAGAGAGAGGGAUUUGAAGGGUCUCCGGUUCUAGAAACCAACUUCUCUUCUGUUCUUUAGCAUAUGGAUGGUCUCAACUUUAUGACAGUUUAAUUUUUUUUUUUUUUUUUUUUUGGUGUUUUUUCUUCCACUUUUGAAAUCCACUGGUCCAAAUUUAUGGCAGGAGGUGGAAUGUGACAGCUUAGACAGUUCUCAGGGAGCUCCAAACACAUAUGGGCUUAGUUUUAUGGGCUUUUGGCUCAAGCCAAGCCUGUGGAGGAAGAGGGAGGGGGUGUGGAGGCCUUUCUCUGGGUAUUAAACUGGGGGCUAAAUCCUUACUCUCAUUUAAGUGGGAAAUCUGCCCCGAGCAUAUUUGUAAAAGUUCUGUCUACACCACUAAAACAAUGGUAGCUGAAGGA